AUGCGUGGGUUGAAAGGCGGAAUGAGUGGCGUGCCGGGUAGCGAGUUGUUGUCGGCGUUGUUAAACCCAGAUGGGAACAAGCCGAAGUUGGACGACUGUGUGGCGCAGGUGGCGACGAUAGUAAUUGGUGAUAGCAGCGUGAUGGCUGUGAUGUUGGCGCCGAGCAGCUCGUUCUCUCCUUUCUGGAACGGCGCGUGGGACCAGUGGAGCCGGAUGAUGGUAUGGCGGCCGGCGUGGAUGAAGCCUAACGGGCGUGCAGAGGCAACAAUGCUAUCUGCGGUAAUACGAGAGCUUAAGUAUUGCGGGUGUGCGUGGGAGGCGAUUGUCUCGGUGUGUGGUGAGAUCUUUGGCGACGAGGUGGACGGGUUGUUGGGUCUCUUGAGCCAGGAAAAGGAGACGGGCGAGAAGGUCACCCGCAACAAAAUCUCCCGCGUCAUAACCCGGCCGAUAGAGGCUUCCGAAUUCGAGGAAAUCUGGGCGCUGGUGCCCGAGGAAUGGAGGCCCGUGCUGGAACGAAGAGCGAACUGGGAAAUCCCGAAAUGGCGGGACGUGGAGAACGCGCGGAUGGGCCCGCCUCGAGUCGCGGGAUGA